CUCUUGGGUUGGGAGGCAACCUCACAGCGCCUUGUGCCAUUCAGCCGGCAGGGCAGGCAGCGAGAAGCCAAGUGGAAGAGGUCUCCUCUGCAGGGCAGCAUGGCAGAAGAUCUACAGUUAGAGACCUGGGACCUGCAAUGUGAACAGAACAACCGGGAGCACAGGACCUCCGAAAUGGGCUCCCAGCGGCUCAUCGUACGCCGGGGACAGCCAUUCCAGAUCACGCUGCACUUCUCUGGGAGGGCAUACGAAGAGGGUGUGGACAAGCUCACCUUCACUGCGGAGACAGGACCUUGCCCCAUUGAGACAUCAGGGACCCGGUCUCCUUUCCCUCUCUCCUGCUCCCUGGAAGAGGCAGCGUGGAGUUCCGCCGUGGAGAAGCAGGACGGGCUCUCUCUCUCCAUCUCCGUCGCCUCCCCUCCGGAUGCCCGCAUCGGCCGAUACCGCCUGGUCGUGGAUGCCUCCACGCAACAUCAAGGCUCCAGCUUCCAUCUUGGGGAGUUUAUCCUGCUCUUCAAUUCCUGGUGCCCAGAGGACUCGACGUACCUGGAGAACGAAGAGGAACGCGUGGAAUAUGUGUUGACUCAGCAAGGCCUGAUCUACCAGGGGUCGAAGGACUACAUCUACCCCAUCCCAUGGAACUUUGGGCAGUUUGAAGAGGAGAUUUUGGACAUCUGCUUGCAGCUGCUUGACACCAACCCCAAGUUCCUCCUCAAUCAAGACAAGGACUGUUCUCGCCGCAACAGCCCAGUCUACAUCAGCAGGGUGGUGAGCGCCAUGGUCAACUGUAAUGACGACAGAGGCAUCCUCUUUGGACGCUGGGACAACUACUAUGAUGAUGGGGUGAGCCCUAUGACUUGGAGCGGGAGCGUGGACAUCCUUCGGAGGUGGCAGAAGUUUGGAUGCCAACCAGUUCGGUAUGGGCAAUGCUGGGUCUUUGCUGCAGUGGCCUGCACAGUGCUCCGAUGCCUGGGGAUCCCUUCCCGUGUGGUGACCAACUAUAACUCUGCCCACGACACGAACGGCAACUUGAUCAUAGAGCAGUAUUUGGACGAGAACGGGAAGCUGCAGCGGGGGAACCGAGAGCUCAUCUGGAACUAUCACUGCUGGGUGGAAUCUUGGAUGAGCCGUCCAGACCUUCCAAGCGGCUAUGACGGCUGGCAGGCCUUGGACCCAACUCCUCAGGAGAAAAGUGAGGGAGUCUACUGCUGUGGCCCUACUCCAGUGAAAGCCGUCAAGGAGGGGGAACUUGAUCAUAAGUAUGACGUGAAGUUCGUCUUUGCCGAGGUGAAUGCGGAGGUGGCCUACCUGAUGCUCCAGAGCGACAUGUCCCGAAAAAAGACCAUGCACCCCACCAUUGUGGGCAAGAAGAUCAGCACAAAGAGCGUGGGGAAAGACACCAAAGAUGACAUCACUCACAACUACAAACAUCAUGAAGAUUCAGAGGAAGAGAGGGCAGCGUUCGACAAGGCGAAGCAUGAGAAGACCCACACCCCGCCAGAGGAAGGCUUGUCACUCAGGAUCAAGGCUUCCGAGGGCAUGAACAACGGAUGCAACUUCGACGUCAUCGUCGUCAUCAACAACAAUACGCCCAAGGCGCGGCUGUGCCGGCUGAAGGUUUCCGCCUGCACCGUGAGCUACAACGGGGCGCUGGGCCCUGAGUGUGGAAGCAAAGACCUGCUCAAUGUCAACCUGGAGCCACGUGCAGAAAAGGAGGUUCCCCUGCGCAUUCUGUACGAGAAGUACGGGGGCUGCCUGACCCAGGACAACAUGAUCAGAGUGACAGCGGUGCUGCAGCAGUACGAGACCCAGGAGAUCCUGCUUGGGGUGAGAGACAUCCACGUCAAGAAUCCCGACAUCAAAAUCCGGGUCCUGGGGGAGCCCAUGCAGAAGCGCAAACUGGUGGCGGAGCUCACGCUGACCAACCCUCUCCCCACACCCCUGGCUGGCUGCGUCUUCACCAUGGAAGGGGCCGGACUCACCGGGGGACAGAAGACGCAGUGGCUCGAAAACCCCGUUGAGCCCAGGGGGGAAGCCAAAGUGAGGAUGGACUUCAUUCCUCAGCAGUCCGGCCUGCGGAAGCUGGUGGUGGAUUUUGAGAGCGACAAGCUGAAGGGGGUGAAGGGCUACCGAAACGUCAUCAUCGCCCCCCAGCCCAGAGGAAGCGCGCCUUGAUGCAAGAAGCCCUGGGCUCGGCCUGCGGCUACUCAGCCGGAUCAUCAAACAACUCCCGGAGCCCCUGAGAUGCAGGGGAGCCUUUUCCUACCUGCACCCCUAGCCGCACCCGCCUUCCCAAUGCUUCUUUUCCCCUGCCCACCAGAGACUGGCAACUUGGCACUGCCCCAUAGACAGGCCGAGCCCCCCCACCCCAGCUGGUUGGAGGGCUCUGACCCACAGGCACCCCAAACAUCCUAGACUUGACGAGGCUGCAGACAGGGGGCAUGUUGCAGUGCUCCACCCAUGGUGCACAAGCAGGAGCACCAGACCUUUGCAACGCUUCUGCUCUGCCUUCAGGGAGGUGGUCUGCCUGCCCCGCCAGAGGUCCCAGAUCCUGCACGCCCCCUUGUGGAGCCCUUUGAUCCUAUUAGGAGGUUUGCCCCCUCAUUUGGUCGCAUGUCGUGGAUGGGCCAUGACGUCAGGCCGAAGGGGAGUGGCUAUCUUAAGUAAUUCCUUCCUACGCCCCCCACCAUCAUUUCGGUCAUUGAAAUCCUCAAGAGAGGGACACAGACACCUCUUCCAUGGGGAGACACAUGUCGGCCCUCAGCUUCCCACUUCCUGAUGUCCUCCCAGAUGUCAGAAACAUUCAGAAUGGAAACAUCCGGUGCCUCCCGCUGGCAUGGCAGCCCAUGGGAAAGUGGGGUGGGGUGGGGUGGGGUGGGGUGGGGAGGGGAAGGUGGUCAGCCUUGCGCAUUUGGCUUUGCAAUCUCCCUCUUCCGUUUCCCCUGUGGAGCUUUGGCUACCACUGCACCCUCCUGACAUGAAAGAAAUGCCCCAUUGCUUCCGUGACUACAUAGUCCCUAAAGCACCCCUGACAGCUUAUUGUUUAGAGGUCCAAAUCCCUUCGCUCUUCAGGCCCUGCCUUUCCCCUGGACUAUGAAACUCCUGGCUUUGUCUGCUUGACCAUCUGUGGCUUUUCCAACGAGAAUUCGAGGGGUGAUUUCUCACAGCUGCUCAAUCCUCUUCUCAGACUGCUGCAGGGACCACGAAGCCCAUGAUUUUGGGUCUGUGGGAGGCUCCAGCAGACCACUUCCCCUCAAGCAAUCAGGUUAGGGCAGUGUUUCUCAACCUUGGCAACCUGAAGAUGUGUGGACUUCAACUCCCAGAAUUCCCCAGCCAGCCUAGCUGGCUGGGGAAUUCUGGGAGUUGAGGUCCACACAUCUUCAAGUUGCCAUCGUUGAAAAACACUAGGUUAGAAAGACUGCAAGAUCCCAAGGUUGAGGUUUUACACAUAGUCCUUGACUUACAACCAUUCAUUCAGUGACCAUUCGACGUUACGACAGUGCUGAAAAAGUAACUUGUGACUGGUCCUCGCACUUAUGACCAUCGCAGCAUCCCCCCGGUCAUGUGAUCAAAAUUCAGGCGGUUGGCCACUGGGAUGUAUUUACAACGGUUGCAGCAUCCUGGAGUCACGUGAUCGCCAUUUGCAACCUUCCCAGCCAGCUUCUGACAAGCAGUCAAUGGGGGAAGCCAGAUUCGCUUAACGACCACAUUAUUCACUUAACGACUGGUGAUUCGCUUAACGGCUGCAGCCAGAAAGGUUGUAAAAUCGGGUACUUAACAACCACCUCACUUAGCAAGGGAAGUUCCGGUCCCAAUUGUGGUCGUAAGUCAAGGACUACCUGUACAUGACUUCCACCCCGCUCCCUGGAAGGGGAAGGGAAAUUUCUCUGUUUUUUAUACACAUGUGUCUCCUGUGUGGUGUUUUGUUCCUUCAGCCCUUGGAAGGAACCUACCGCAGGUCAGGAACGGAGCAGAAGAGGAGGGGUGGGAGGCAGAAAAUCCAUCAACGGUGGCUGAAGAGGCCUAAACCUUCAUUAAACUGUCUACCAAAAAAGUAUUUUUAAAAGAAGCAACGGUGUUGCGUCGCCCGGCUGCUGCUCGGCCUCCUCCUUGAGUGCCGUUGGGGGGUUCCCUUCUCAAAAACACCCAACGUGGCAAGCAGAGGGUUCCGGGCAGAAAGCAAAGCCAGGGAGGCUGCAGGAGAAUUGCCUGCAAAGAGAGGCCAGCACUGAGUCGGUGGCUGGUCAGACUCCGCCUCCGCCACCUUCAGAGAUUUCCCCAAAGAACGACUCCUCUGGAAAUUGGAAAGGCAACGGGAAGAGGGGUAGAAAUGCAGGGAGGAAGGCUUGGUCUCCCUGCACACUCCCAAACCAUUUCUGCACAGGACCGGCCUUCACAGGGCGGUGCCAGCCACCUGCCCGAGGCUUUGGCGCUCCACCGCCCGAGGCGUGGCUUGCUGCGAAUCCCAGCUGCCUGGUGCUGUGCCUUUCCAGCUGCGUGACGGGUUCUAAGUCAGCCCAGCCAGUUUUUGUUCCCCUGUGGAGGAAAGCAGUUGGCAGCCGUUGAGCAACACACCCAAAGAUGGGCAAGGCAAGCACGAAUGAUGGAUGAACGAGCGGAGGAGGUGGGGAGCGGGGUCAGAGCAGAGCAGGACCGGCUGGGAAGGUCCAGACCAGCCUUGUCCAGAUGUGCUGGUCUAUGGUUCUUCAACACGGCUGGGUUGAGGGAGGACGAGUCUAGCCCAGGCCAUCUGGAGUGUGUCAAGUGGUGGAUGGCUGCACCUCUGUGUCUCACUGAGGGGGACUAGACGCUUCCAGGGAACAUGAUGUCUUCUCCCCCCUGGUUGCGGGUAGAGUCCAGCCACACACCUCCUGACCUGAACUCUGGUGCUCUUUGCAGACCCAGCUCAGCCAGCAGUUCUGCUCCAGAGGCCUCCCCCCAAUUCACUUGGCUGCUGCCCCAUUACUCCCUGCAGAGAACACCCUGGCAAAGCCAGCUUGAGAGUCUUUUUGAGUGUGUUGAUAGAGGCAAGAGACCAAGAUAGUUUAUAAGCCAUCAAAUGCUUCCUAAUCUGGAAAGAUGUUGCAGGUGUGUGUGUCUGUCUGUGUGUUGUGUUUACUUGCUUUGCAAUUCCUUGAGGGCUAAUCUUUGCAAAUUACUGAGAGCUGAAAGUCAUACAGAUGGGAAUUUACUAUGCAAUCACUCAAAUAAAGAGUUUAUUUUUCACCUUCCAA